AUGGCAACGAGAUUUGAUUCUCCUGCUCUAUUGCUACUGUACUAUAUGCUGCAUUGGAGGGUCGGGCCAAUCGUGUCUUCUAUGGCCAUUGCCUUUAUCACCGAAUGGGGCAUUAAUUUCACCGACGUCACCCUCCUGACAGGAUAUCUGCUCUGUGCGACAGGCGCCACGGGAGUAGUCAUUGCGUCUUGUUCUCGCAAGUAUGGCAAGCGGCCAACCCUGCUGUGGUCAAUUAGCUUUGCUUUUGGAGGAAGUGUCUGGGCCUCCUUUUCGCAGUCUUAUGGCUCACUUGUUGGUGCUCGGGUCCUGCAGGGAUUCGGCAUUGCUAUGUUCGAGUCCGUCACAUACACCGUCAUCAGUGACCUGUACCACGUACAUCAGCGAGGAACUCGAAUUACUUACUACAUACUGGCACAGUCAGGCCUUGCGACUUUUCCGGUCACUAUUGCGGGGAAAAUUACCAUGGAUCUUGGCUGGCGGUGGGUCUUCUACCUGCUGUCUCUGUUCAUGGGACUUGCGUGGGUGCUCUGCAUCUUAUUUGGCUGGGAGACCAUGUAUGGUCGAACUGCUGUCUGCAAUCUCGACACAAGUUCACAAGACCAAAUUGAUAAGGUGCUCGAGCAGCAGUCUACAUCUGUCCACGAACUUGAGACAACGACAGACUUGACAAACGCGCCAACACCUGCUAAUGACGCAGAAAACACACGUGAAACGUUUCUACAACGACUCAAGCCAUUCCAUGGCACAUUCAGUGAUCAGAAUCUGUGGACGCAAACACUGAGACCCUUUCUGGUUUUGCUCAAUCCGUUGGUCAUAUGGUACAUCCUCAUCAUCUCGUUCACUACUGUCUGGGUCAUUGUCAUAUCAUUUUGCACUGCUCAGGCCUUUUACAGACCUCCAUACUCGCUUUCUAUCGCACAGCAGGGGUACAUGUCCGCCGGACCAAUCGUGGGCGGGCUGUUGGGCUGUAUCGCUUGUGGGCUGAUCUGCGAUCCGCUUGCGCGCUCCUUUGCUCGAAGAAACAGCGGUAUUUAUGAGCCGGAGUUCCGGGGCGACUCCUGUGGCAGCAUCUGCAUGUUUGGCCUGGUUUAUGUCUCGGUACAAUUCGCUGCGGUGUCGGCAGGAGCUUAUGUCGUGGAUGCAUUUCGCGACAUUAGCGUGGAUAUCUUCAUCAUCGCGAUGACGAUAAAAAACUUCCUAUUCUUUGGUUUCACAUACUUUCUGAACGACUGGUAUGCCCGCUGGGGUCCUGCUAGGAUGUUUAAUACUAUAGGUGGCAUUCAACUCGCGCUGUCACUCACGACGAUUCCAGUGUAUAUAUACGGCAAGAGGCUUAGACACUGGUGGCACAAUUUGGAGCUUUCGAAAAGGAUACAGAGAGGUUCUCAAGCCAUCUAG